AAUAACCAAUGAUGGUACAUGUUCUAAACCAAUAAACCGGUUUCGUUAGAGUUUCGUAGUAGAGUAAUUGGGAGAACGGAGAGAUAGGAGACGGCGGAGAUGACGGUGAGACAGAAAGCAAUGACGACGUUGCCGAAGUUGAUUCGAAGCAUGAGAAAGGAAGUUCCUAAGCAGCCCAAUCUUGUUUUGCCAUCGUUGAGACGUGCUUUCUCUCUCUACGAUCAGAUUAAUCUCAUCGAUAAUGUUCCUGAGGAUCAGCUUCGAUUUCAGGAAUUUGAUGAGACGAGCUUCACGGUAAAUGGGGUUAGAUACGAAGGUAGUUUGCUCUGUGUUGGGAACUUGCUAAUGUCUUGGAGCCCUCGUAAAUUCUCCGAUAUCACAACGGAUAGCUUAUCAAUCUUCCAGACAGUUCGACCAAUUCCAGAGCUCUUAAUAAUCGGGUGUGGAAGAUGCAACCAGCCACUGAAUCCCCAAGUCCGUCAGUUCGUAAAGUCAAUUGGCAUGAAGCUAGAAACAGUAGAUUCCAGAAACGCUGCAUCCACGUACAACAUACUGAACGAGGAAGGCAGGAUUGUAGCUGCUGCAUUGCUUCCUUAUGGAAUUACAUCCUAAGAUACUCAUCAGUACCUCUAAACUUUUGUAGAACAACAAACUUUGAACAACUCCUCUAUAGUUGAAACACAAACACUUUUUUUUUUGUCUAUUGUUAAUAAAAGGUUUAAUACUCUUUGUUCGAAAGGAGUUUGCAAAAAAAUCGAAAUAUCCA